AUGAACAUAGACCCCUCAACAUGGCUCCGCCUCCUGCGCAGAGCUAUUCCUGCCAGCACUGGAGGGUACAGUCCUGCAGAGCGUGGAGCAGAUCUGAACCUGAAUUCUCUUACACUGGAAUCCAGCCAAGAACCUAAGGAUAAGGUGGAUAGACCAGUGCUAAAGGAAAGUCCAGCCACAAGGAGGGACAGUCAGAGACGAGCACAGAGUGUCUCUCAACUUUCACUAGAAGACUUCAGGCUGAUGGCUGUCCUGGGAAGAGGACACUUUGGAAAGGUUCUACUCUCAGAAUAUAAGGCAACUGGGGAAUUAUUUGCUAUUAAAGCUUUGAAAAAAGGUGACAUUAUCGCCAGAGAUGAGGUGGAGAGCCUCCUGUGUGAGAAGCGUGUGUUUGUGGCGGUGAGUGGUGCCUCCCAUCCAUUCCUGCUCAGCCUCCUCGGCUGUUUUCAGACUGCGGAGCAUGUCUGCUUUGUUAUGGACUACAUGGCUGGAGGGGACCUGAUGACCCACAUCCACACAGAGGUUUUUGGCCAGCCACGUGCCACGUUCUAUGCUGCCUGUGUACUCCUGGGACUUCAGUUCCUGCACAGUAAGGACAUUGUCUAUAGGGAUUUAAAACUGGAUAAUCUGCUGCUGGACUCAGAAGGAUAUGUGAAAUUAGCGGAUUAUGGGCUCUGUAAAGAAGGUAUGGGGCCAUCUGUUCGCACCUCCACAUUCUGUGGCACCCCAGAAUUCUUGGCUCCCGAGGUCCUGACGGAUGCCUCCUACACACGUGCAGUGGACUGGUGGGGUUUUGGUGUUCUCAUCUAUGAAAUGAUGGUUGGAGAGUCUCCGUUCCCGGGAGAUGAAGAGGAGGAGGUAUUUGACAGUAUCGUCAAUGAUGAAGUUCGAUAUCCACGAUUCCUCUCUGCUGAGGCCAUUGCUGUCAUGAGAAGGUUACUGCGCAGGAAUCCUGACAGACGGUUGGGAUCUGGAGAGCGUGAUGCUGAGGAUGUGAAGAAACAGCCAUUUUUUAAGGAUCUGGAUUUCGAGGCUCUCCUUGCCCGUCGCCUGCCUCCACCCUUUACCCCAUGUGUAAAAGGACCACAUGACAUCAGCAACUUUGACCCUGAGUUUACAUCUGAAGGACCAGAGCUGACUCCACCUCGGGAACCUCGACAUUUAACCCCUCAAGAACAAACCAUGUUCAAGGGCUUCGAUUAUGUGAGGGACGGGGCCUAG